CAUUAAGAAUAAGAAUGUGGUGACUGAGUGCCUUCCUGGUACAGCAGAAGCUAGAAAGUACUGAAGCAUUACUAUUCCUCAGGGUUUAUUGUUAUGUAAGCUCAGUUCAGCUUCCUUUGUUUUCUUUCACUUUUGAGAACUUAACUUUCGUUUCUCACUCAGCUUCUGCGGGGAAACGCGUUUGUGGAGACCAGCCCUCUGGCUGAUGAGUGAAUCUGAUCCACACAUUCUCCUGCCUUUCCCUCACUCUUCUCCCUUGAUUCAAGACUCCUCCACUUUGGACUGAAGCGCCGGAGGAGUGUGUGACCAAGAACUUUGAGGCUCAAGACAGAAAGAAGCCAAGGGAGCAGUGCAAUGGAAUUAUCAGUAAAGGUAGACAUAGGGAAGGAGGUGACCUGCCCCAUCUGCUUGGAGCUCCUGACAGAUCCUCUGAGCAUAGAUUGUGGCCACAGCUUCUGCCAUGCCUGCAUCACUGCAAAGAACAAGUCAGUGAUCAUCUCAGGAGGGCAAAGCAGCUGUCCUGUGUGUCAGACCAGAUUCCAGCCUGGGAACCUCCGACCUAAUCGGCAUCUGGCCAACAUAGUGCAGAGAGUCAGGGAGGUCAAGAUGGGCCCAGAGGAUGGGCAGAAGAGAGAUGUCUGUGAGCACCAUGGAAAAAAACUCCAGUACUUCUGUAAGGAGGAUGGAAAAGUCAUUUGUUGGGUUUGUGAACUGUCUCAGGAACACCAAGGUCAUCAAACAUUCCUCAUACAUGAGGUGGUCAAGGAAUGUCAGGAAAGGCUGCAGGCAGCCCUGCAGAGGCUGAUAAAGGAGGAUCAAGAAGCUGAGAAGCUGGAAGUUGACAUUCAACAAGAGAGAACCAGCUGGAAGAGUUAUAUCCAGACUGAGAGACAGAAGAUUCUGAAAGGGUUCAAUGAAAUGAGAGUCAUCUUGGACAGUGAGGAGCAGAGAGAACUGCAAAAGUUGGAGGAAGGUGAGGUGAAUGUGCUGGAUAACCUGGCAGAAGCUAAAGACCAGCUGGUCCAGCAGAGGCAGUAUGCCAGCAAGCUCAUCUCGGACCUCCAGCGGCGGAUAAAGGGGUCGUCAGUAGAGAUGCUGCAGGAUGUGAUUGACGUCAUGAGAAGUAGUGAAACUUGGAUAUUGAAGAAGCCAAAAUCUGUUUCCAAGAAACUAAAGAGUAUAUUCCAAAUGCCAGAUCUGAGUGGAAUGCUGCAGAUUCUCAGAGAGCUGACGGAUGUCCAGUGCUACUGGGUGGAUGUGAUGCUGAAUCCAGACAGUGCCACUUUGAAUGUUGCUGUUUCUGCGGAUCAGAGACAAGUGGCAACUGUACACACCAGCACGUUUAAGAAUUCAAAUCCACGAGAUUUUUCUGCUUUUGGUGUCUUGGGCUGCCAACAUUUCUCUUCAGGGAAAUACUACUGGGAAGUAGAUGUGUCUGGAAAGAGUGCCUGGAUCCUGGGUGUACACAGUAAAAUAAGUAAUCCGAAUAAAAGGAAGAGCUCUGGGUUUACUUUUGACACAAGUACAAAUUAUUCAAGUAUUUACUCCAAAUACAGACCUCAAUGUGGCUACUGGGUUAUAGGAUUACAGGAUACAUCUGAGUAUAAUGCUUUUGAGGAUUCCUCCUCUUCUGAUCUCAAGGUUUUGACUCUCUUUAUGGCUGUGCCUCCCUGUCGUAUUGGGAUUUUCCUAGACUAUGAGGCAGGCAUUGUCUCAUUUUUUAAUGUUACAAACCAUGGAGCACUCAUCUACAAGUUCUCUAGAUGUCGCUUUUCUCAGCCUGCUUAUCCGUAUUUCAAUCCUUGGAACUGCCCAGCCCCGAUGACCCUGUGCCCACCGAGCUCCUGAGUGUUCUCAUUUCCCUUACCCACUUCUGCAUAGUAGCCCUUGUGCUGAGACUCAGAUUCUUCCCUGAGUUCAUCUCCACUAUGACCAUCUCUUCCUUUCUUUUCCCUUCUUUUACUUAGAAUGUCUGUAUUCAUUUCCUAGGGCUUCCAUAACAAAGCAUCAUGGACUGGUGACUUAAACUGUAAUUGUAUUGUCGUACUGUAGGCUAGAAAUCCAAAAUCUAGGUUCCCGCAGAAUUGGUUCUUUCUGAGGUCUGCAAGGAAAGACUGUGUUCCGUGGCUCUCUCCUUGGCUUGUAGAUGCCAUCUUGUCGCUAUGACUCUUCAUAUGGUCUUUAUGUACAUCUCUGUGCCCAAGUUUUGCUUUUUAUUAAGACACCAGUCAUACUGGCUCAGGGUCCACUGCUAAUGACUUAAUGAAAUCAUUUUAAUUUUGUAUUCUCUACGAAGACCUUAUUUCCAAAUAAGAUAAUAUUCAGAGGUAUUGGGAAUUAAAACUCCAACAUAUAAAUUUGAGGAAGUCACAGUUUAACUCAUAACAGUCUUACUCUUUCUUGCAAGAGAUGCUUGCAAUCUCUUGCAAGAAAGAUAUUAUUCCUAAUAUCUUGGUUUCACUAGUAGUAAAUAUUAUUAUUGUUAUUAUUUUUGCAUUUGUUAGGGAAACACAUCUAAUCCCUCCUAUAGAAAGAACGGUAUUGCUGUAAUUCCUUUGAACUCUCUUUUUUUCUUCAUUUCCUCUGCCACUUAAAAGACUGGAGAGGAGAAACUUGUCAACUCAUAUCCAUGUUAUCUAGUAAAAUACAUAGGAAUUUGUUACUAAAUAAUGUAUUUUUAAGAUUGUGUUGGUUUACUAGUGACACUCCAUAGUCAUCACAGAAUCAAAGCAGGAAGUCCAUAGUAAUUUAUUUACUAAUAGUGGAUUUUUAAUGCUCUGAGUUUCUGAGAUCAAAUUUUAUCUCUUCACUUACAAGUUCUAGAAUCUUAAAUAAUUUACUUAAUGUAUAUCGGUGUAUUUUCCUAAAACUAAUAUUGGUGUUUAAGACUGAAUCUAAUUCCUUACUUUGAGAAACAAACUUUUAUUAAGUGUAAGGCAUUUUCUAUGAAUUUUAAAUAUAAAAAUAAAUAUUCUUCUAAUUACUGAAAACAAUGUCAGCCAUUUCAACGUCUUGGAAAACAAUUGUUUUGUUUUUGUUCUGUUUUCUUUUUGCUUCAAUAAAAUAAUACUUGGCUCUA